UUGAGUCACAUGUCCUUCAUGUAACUAUGGCCGCGUCUUUGGGAGAUGGCACAGAAGGCCAGCAGGAUUGCAUCCUGGAGCCUUUGUUCUUGCCUGAUCAAUUUGCGCCCACCUCAUCAUCCGACGCAAAUAAGAAAGUCACCUGUCUUCUCUGCCCAGAGUCCUCCCCCUUAUCAGACAAGAAUUCACUUCUCAAACACCUUGUCCUCGAGCACAAAGUUGUUAUUGCAGAUGUCAGACUUAUUGCUGACUUCCCAAGUUACAUGCUCUACUGGGCGAAACGAUUUUCAGAGAGCCCCAUUACCGAGUUCUGUAGCGUGAUCAAGACCAACUCCACGGGCCCUGUGGAACGUCAGGAGGAGUACUUUCUACUGUGUGAUGCCCUCCCCGAGGACAGAAUACUGAGAGAGCAGCUUCAGCAGAAACGGCUGGAGGAGGUCCUUGAGCAGCAGCAGAAGGAGAGAGAUGAUGGGGACUUCCAGAGAGUCUGCAUGUUCUGCAACGAAGAAUUCACAGGAAACAGGUCCAGCCUUCUCAACCAUAUGGCCCGGGAGCACUCGUUCAGUGUGGGCCUGCCCGACAACAUUGUCUACUGCACAGAACUCCUCGACACCUUGGAGAGGAAACUGGACAGUUUGCAGUGUCUGUACUGUGAGAAAACCUUUCGAGACAAGACCACCCUGAAGGACCACAUGAGGAAGAAGCAGCAUCGCCGCAUCAACGCCACUAACCAUGACUACGACAGAUUCUACGUCAUCAACUACCUGGAACUUGGGAAAACAUGGGAGGAGGUGCUUUCUGAAGAUGACCGUGACAUCUUGGCUGACAGUGACGACGACUGGUCUGACUGGCAGGCACACCCUGUGUGUGCUGUGUGCCUUUUCUGUGAACAGCAGUCUGAAACAAUGGAGAAGAUUUACUCUCACAUGCAGGAAAAACAUGAAUUCAACCUUCAUCAGCUCAAAACACAGCUUAACUUGACGUUCUACCAGCAAGUGAAGCUGGUCAACUUCAUCCGGCGUGAGAUCCACCAGUGCCGAUGCUACGCCUGUCAGGAGAAGUUCCCCUCCAAAGCCGAGGUCCUCGGUCACGUAGCAGACGCAGGCCACGUCAUGGUGCUGCCGGAGAGGUCUACUUGGGACCAACCACAGUACUACUUCCCCACCUAUGAGAACGACGCCCUUCUGUGUGCCUUGACGGACAGUGAGGAUGAGCUGUAUGAGACUGAUCAAAGAGGAGCCAUUCCCGUCAUCGCCGAAGACCUCUCCAGGCUGGAGACUCUGAAGCAAAGCAGUGUCCUGAAACACUUAGUGAAAGAUAGAAGCGGCCUGUGAUGAUGAUUCUUCACUUAACGCUGAUCUAAUUUCUUUCUUUUUUUUAAAGAUUUUUUUUUUGGUCUUUUUAGACUUCAUUAUGGACAGGACAGAAUGAGUGGUAGACAGGAAGCGAAUGAGGACAGAGAUGGGGAGGGGUCAGCAAAGGACCCGGGCCGGGAAUCGAACCCGGGUCAGCCGCAUGGCAGUAGAAUGCCCUAACGGAUGGCAACGGCAGGGCCAACGCUGAUCUAAUUUCAGUGGAGGAAGGUCAUUGCAAAUAUCUUGUUUAAAAUACUGUACAGAUAAUGUUUGGUCAGAUCUGUCUCCCUGACCGGCUAUAUUAUAAAUAAAUAAAAACUGUGUUUUUAUAACAAAAAAACAAUAUCUUUUACAUGUAAAGUACUGGUUGUAAGAAUUAAUGAACAAAGUGCCUGGAUAUUUAUGUGUACAUGUCCAUGAGAGUUUUCCAAGUCACUCACGUUUUACAGGAAUUUAGGGUAUGUUUAUAAUGUAAAAACUAUACUGUCGAGUGCAUAUGCACUUGUUCCUGUCAGUGUACUGAAAAUCCAUUAGUCUUGACAGUCAGCCAACUCAUAGUGACACCACAUGCAACAGGUUUAUUUUGUUUUUGUUUUUUUGUUCUAUUUUUCAGUACUUUCAGUCAAUAAAAUUAAACAUUAUGUGAAGUUACGUGUAUUAGUGGUGAGUGUUUGCAUUUGUCCAGGUACAGUAUGUAAAAAAAAAUAGAGCCUUGCUUUAAUGUUUGUGGCAGAGGGUAUAAAAUGUAGUCGUUUUAGUCCGCUGAAAUUCACUGGCACCACACAGGUUUCUUUUUCUUUUUUAAUACAUAUCCAUUUUUUAAUGUUUCA